CUUUCCCCCCGCAGCCUGGACGCGUGGCUAUCGUGACCGGUGGGACGGACGGCAUCGGCUACUCCACGGCAAAGCGCCUGGCGAGACUCGGCAUGCACGUCGUCAUAGCUGGGAACAACGAGAGUAAAGCCCACCAUGUCGUCCAAAGAAUCAAGGAAGAAACCUUGAACGACAAAGUGGAGUUUCUAUACUGUGACCUAGCGUCCAUGACGUCCAUCCGGCAGUUCGUCCAGUGUUUCAAGAGGAAGAAGCUCCCUCUCCACGUCCUGGUCAACAAUGCGGGCGUCAUGAUGGUCCCUCAGAGAAAAACCGAGGAUGGCUUCGAGGAGCAUUUCGGCCUGAACUACCUGGGGCACUUCCUGCUCACCAACCUUCUCCUGGACACGCUGAAAGAGUCGGGGGCCCCAGGCCACAGCGCGAGGGUGGUCACCGUCUCCUCGGCCACCCACUACGUCGGCGAGCUGGACAUGGACGACCUUCAGAGCAGCAGGUGGUACUCAUCCCACGGUGCGUACGCGCGGAGCAAACUGGCCCUCGUCCUCUUCAGCUACCACCUCCAGCGCCUGCUGGCCGCCGCGGGCAGCCACGUGACGGCCAACGUGGUGGACCCUGGCGUGGUCGACACCGACCUCUACAGGCAUGUCUUCUGGGGCACCCGUCUGCUCCAAAGGCUCUUCGGCAGGUGGUUUUUCAAGACCCCCGAUGAAGGCGCCUGGACUUCCAUUUAUGCGGCUGUAACUCCCGAGCUGGAAGGACGGGGCGGCCGCUACCUCUACAAUGAGAAAGAGACCAAAUCCCUGAAGAUCACCUACGACCGGAAGCUGCAGGAACAGCUGUGGGCAAAAAGCUGUCAAAUGACGGGGGUCCUCGAUGUGACCCAUGACCUCCUCUCGAGAUAGCAGCUACCCCGGAAGGCUUCGUGUGCACCACCUGCUCAUGGUCUACAAUGGCCACCGUGUUGGCAGUUCAAGCAGCCUCCUGCCCUGCGGGCUCUCCCUCGAGUCGCCCGUUGACUGCCAACUCAAGACUCAGAAGAAGUUUGGGCUUGACCACCCCCUGGUGGUCCUUGGCCACCAAUCUUGUGAUCCCAAAGUGCCAAGUUGUCCCAGGUGCCUUGACUCAGUAAAUCUUCUUGCCUACA